AUGUCAUUAAAUAACUCAAAAGAACACAUAUUCGUCCAGUACAUGACACCUAAUUUGCUGAAGAAAAAGACUAGUUCAGAAAACCCAAUACGCGUAUAUGCAAUCAAUCUGUCGGCCAGAAACAGUGACUAUAAAAUUGAGAAAAUAGAAAACUUAGAACAGUUCACAGAGUUGAAGCAAUUGAAUGUUUCCUAUAAUCGUGUCUGCAAAAUCACUGGUUUAUCAAGUCUUUGUCAUCUUACGGUCUUAAAUAUUUCACAAAACUUGAUAACGACUUUAGACGGCAUUCAGAAUUUGUCAAAUUUGAUGGUAUUAAAAGCCAACGAUAACAAACUCACAUCAAUUCCGAAGUGGCUACCUAAACGAUUACCGAAACUCAAAACGAUCCAUUUACACUGUAACCAAAUUGACUCUCUUCACCGAAUAACAUACUUAAGGUCAUUGUCAAACCUUACAGUUUUCACAUUCGAAGGCAAUCCGGCUGCUGAUCAACUUUUAGUAAAUACGUAUAACAGUUGCAGCAGUGACGAUGGAUCUGUGGUAAAGAACGCUAUCGAGAAAUUUGACUCCAAAUCAAUCUACCGAAUAUUUGUUAUAUUUCAUUUAUGCUCACUCGUGUUACUUGAUAACAAAGAGAUUCUUCCAUUUGAAAGACAAGUGGCUGAACAACGUUACUCUCAGGUUGAAGUAUCUAGGUAUUUAAAGAAGCUAGACAGAUAUGAGAAUCGGCUAAAUGAAGUAGAAACCAAAAAAUCGUUAUUGGAGAAGGAUUUGUUUGAUCAACAGUCCAGGCUAGAUGAAACUUUAAGAGAAAGGAAUGUGGAGAAUAAAUUGAUAACCGAAUUGGAGGAAGAGCUGCGUGCUAAGGACAAAUUGCUUCAUUCCAAAUCCGAAGAGUUAGCUCGUGCAUGUUUAAAACACUUUGAAUUGGAACAAGAGUUGGCAUUUCAUAAAAUUGAUGAGAAAUUGGGUUUAUGUGGUUUAUGUCUACCGGAAUCAACCAAUUCACCUUAUAUUCAUCAAGUUCAAGAUACUGGUGAUGAACCGUACCUAGGUAAAUGUAUGUUUAGACGAAAACCAGUCAGUAAACUGUCGACUAGUCAUCUUGUUAACGAGGACUCAUCGGGGGAUUUUAAAAAUUCCACAAAAGAUUAUAGAUAUUCGCUUGAUCAGAUUGUUCCAUACAAAAAACAUGCAAAUAACAAAUGCAAUACUAUGUACAUGCCUAAGGGGUCUGUGGAUUCAAAUGAGCCAGUGAAUGGUAAUGGUACAGUUUUGCCUACUACUCAUUGCGUAUCACCGGACGCUAUGAAGCAAGUACAUGGUAAUGAGCUUGAAUACAAAGAAGUUAAUCAUGGUCAGUUGACUCGACCGAAUUCAGCACCUGAAGGUUCUCGUAUUUCUUCGCCUUCAGUAAAUGAACUUCAUCUUGAUAAACUGCAGGAAUUUUCAAUAUCCGAAAAAUCCAUCAGUCAUGAAAAGUUUCCUGAAGUAUCGAUGAAAGAAACAAAUAAAUCAUCUCAGACAACGGAUAAACAACUAUGCGAAUUUUCUAAACAUUCGGAUAUAAAACAAGUUCAGUUGUUGUUAUCUAAAUUACAGUCCGAACUAGCACAACUUCGAAUUAGAGAAUCGAAAAUUCUAAAGGAUGACAAUGGUAAUAACAACAAUCCUAUAUAUCCUUCGAAAACUGAUAAUCUAAAUAAAAUGCAACUGAAUAAUCAUAUACAAAUGUUAGAUGAUGAGUUGAGCAAAAUAUGGACAGUGACGAGUUUACUAAAAUCUGGUUCAGGUUGUGGAAAUUCUGUUACAAAUGUUUGUUUGAAUUCUUUUGCUACUUUACUCAAAACCUCUUCAGCCCAAUCAAAACAUGCUUCAGCUCAGAGUCCUAAAUGUCGUUUUCAUGGUGGAUUGUUGAAGCACAGUUUACCACAUCACCAACGUGAACGGAGUUUUAGUCUUCCAAGUGAAGAUUUUGACGCGAGACAGAUUAUUUCGAGUAAUAAUCUCAUCCAUUGCAAUGGGACAACAAGUGCAGGCUCUGAAUUUGAUUCAUGUGAAGAAUUUUUGGACAUCUCUAGAGGACUGAAUCAUUCCAAAAAGAAACCGAAUCGUCAGUGCAGAUUGUCACAUACUCAGCGUUCUGUAACACCAUCAACGCCUAGUUCUCGAACUACAGGAACUGGUCGUAGCACCUUAUUAUCUAUUCUAACUCCUCGCACAAAUGAUGCAUAUACAAUAAAUGAUUUACGCAAACCACUUCCAACAGCUAGUGAAUGGAAUUUAGACGAUCAUGCCAAUCAUAACCCUUAUAAUGAAAUUCACGAAUCUAGCAGCAAUUGUAUUCCAUAUGAAUCAUCUACCCCAGUGCACGUGCAUUAUGUCAAAGCUAAGACUACGAAUGUGCUUAACUGCCCACGUGGUACAGGUGUUGGUGGUGCACUUCCUACUCCACCUUUUCCUCAACCAUCGUUUGAAUCUUUUCAGUCUAAUUCACUUACUGGGAAUACAAAUGAAGACAUCAUUGGUAGAGAUUUCAUUCAACCAACAAAAUCUAAUAACCAACAUACUGUUAACUCACCUUUGCGGAAGCUUGAUAACUCUGGGAGAUUUCAUAUCUCUCGGUUACCUAAACCUACUCCGAGCCGCAUACUUUCUCGAGGAUCAGAUGCCCUACAGUUCAGUGAUCAAUUAUACUCACAUCAAAUGAAAGGCAAGAAAAUGAGUUCAAAAUGUCGAUCACGUUUCGAUUAUUCGCUAGUGAGAUCUAAAGGGGUUAAACGUAAACGAAAACUAAUACGAUCUCGAAGUGAUUCGCACAAAUCUGAAAAAACUGCUGCAGAUUCGAAUAAUUCAUCGAGUCAAAAUUACAGUUUAAGUGACCAUGCGGAAGAACUUCUUAAUUUGAUUAUGAUGUCACGUGAUGCAUGUUCCAUUGAAGUUGAUCGUAUACGAGCUGACCUAGCGAGAAUGCGUAAAGCAAACUCAAAACACCACACCCAUCUGUAUCAAUACGAGUCAAGUACAGAUCAAAAUUUCUAUGCUGAUCGUGUUCCCCAAUGCGAAAUCACGUUGACUCCGUGA